CUACUUCACCGGUUGGCAGUAGUGACUUCCCUUUAAUAAAUUUCUAGAAAAUUGACAAAAUUAGCAAAUAUAGCGUCAUUUCACAUAAGCUGAGAGAUUGAUUCCUGAAAGCCUGAGAGUUCUACAUCUUUAGUGUAUCAUUAUUAUAGCUUAAUAUAAGAUUAUUAGUGAUGGGUGUAAGAGGUUUAUUAUCAGCUUGUCUUGAAAACCAGGAACUUUGUUCAGAAACUGUUGAUCUGAUUGAGAUUUCCCAUCGACAAAAUGGUAUAGAGCUGAUUAUUGAUUAUUAUUCAUUCCAACAGGAAAUUCUUCUCAAAUUUUGGAUAGGACUUAGCCGCCUCCGAGGUAAUGACUAUCUAAGAAUUCUGGGAGGUGAAUACGCAACAUUUGAUGCUUAUGUUAAAAAACUUGUAAAUGAUUUAAAAUCCAAUGAUAUUUCAUUGGUAUUGUACAUUGAUGGUGGAAAAGGCAGUUCAACUGAGGCACUGCGUCAAAAACUUGAUACAUGGAUAAGUAGACAUAAUCAGGAUGUUGACAAAAUGACAGAAAUACUUAAAGUGCUGUGGGGAAAAUCGGAUAUUAAAGAUUUGCCAUUAGACACAAACAUAAGACCUGUGGCUUUAGAAGACCAGUUUAGGAUGGCAUUGAAACAUUGUGGAUGUGAAAUUCACCAAAGUCCGGCUGGUGAGGCAGACAUGCUGUUGAUUAAGGCCUUGAAAGAAAGACCAAAGGCUUUUGCCAUUAUUAGUAAUGACUCAGAUUUCUGUGUUUUUAAAGACAGCAGACUUAUACCUAUGCAGUUGUUUGACAUUGAAAAUGACCUCCAACUUGGUGAACCUUUGGAAUUGCCAGAGCAACCAGUAAGGUUAAAGGUGAAGGUCAUUCAUACAGAAAAAGUUAUGUCAAUGCUGAAGUUAAAUAACCAUCAGUUGUUGAUAGAAAUGAGUAUAGUUGCUGGGAAUGACUUCACAGGUCCGUUCAUGCGUGCAGGACUUAGUCAACAACUUGAUGUUCGAGGGCGUAAAUCUGUACAAAACUUCGCCGGCUGGAUUAAACAUUACAGAAAUGUACAGAAUCAUCCUGUAUUAGCUGAUGCCAUGCAUCAAGAUCAGUAUUUCAGACAAGCUGUGUAUCAUAGUAGAAAUUUCUAUAAUUUAAGAGGUGAACCAGAUGCACCACCAAAGAAAGGAUAUUUAUCUCAGCUAAUAGAGCAAGGAAUCAGGGACGGGAAGUAUCCUUCAAACAUCAUGAGUAUGCAUAAUAACUUUUACUGGUAUAGAAUGCUGUUGGAAGAGAACAGUUAUGGGCAGCCAACUGCAGAAUGUUCUCUGACACCUCUACGAGCAUAUAUUUACAGAAUUGUUUUACCGAGGCAUGAAAAUCUGGUAGAAGAAUGGGGCAGGAGCCCGUAUGAAAAACUUAGAAAAGCAGGGAUAAUGGCAGCUGAAGAAGGUAUAGCUCCACCCAUUCAUCGCAUACAACCUGAUAAAAUCUUUCAAAAUCUGAGAACAUUUCAUUCCAUUUUAUGUCAUCAAGAACGAGGGAACUGCUCUGUAAACUGGUUUGACAUGUAUGGGAGGAAGAAUGGAUUCACGAUUCAUCUCCUGCGCUACUUCUUGUUAAUGAACUGGGGUCGUAAUCUCCAUUUAACAGAAAAUGAGUACCUAGCCUUGGUUGCCAUGGUGAUGGGACGUCCAAAAAUGCAUGAGUCAUACUAUCAGACGAUAGUGCUGAAACCAACAGCAAGAUGUGUGACGAUUGGAAACUGGUUCAUGGAUCUAUAUAGACAUGCAUAUUCUAUGUUGGGUAGUUUACUGUAUCUACAACAUGAGUUUCCACUACCAUCUGAGAUCUUCAGUGGUUCAGUAUGGGCUGUUGUCUAUAUGGUCUGUCAGGAUGAGACAUUUUAUGAAGCUGUAGAUCAGGUGAACAUUGAUAUAUUGCGGAAAACUCAGGAAGAUAUGAACAGUGUAAUUACAGAGAAAAGACACAUAAUUCGUCAUAUUGUGGAGGGGUUCUUUCCCUUCAAUGAUAGAUAAACAGAGUGGCUUCCCCCUCUUUUACAAGGAAACUGUGCAAUUUGAAGAUCUUUAUACUUUGAAUAGAAGGACUACUCUGCUGAGAGAAUUAAUGAAAAAUGCAGUAAUUAUGAAAAAAAUAAUAAAAAUGGUGUUAUAUGAUAAAAAGAAUUAAUGAAAAUGUUAUUAUAAAGAGAAUUUAUGAAAAAGCUGUUAUUAUAAUGUGAAUCAAUGAAAAUGUUGUUAUGAUAAAGAGAAUGAAUGAAAAUGCUGUUAUUUAAAAAAGAGAAUUAAUGAAAAUGCUGUUAUUAUAAAGAAAAUUAAUGAAAAUGCUGUUAUUAUAAAGAGAAUUCAUGAAAAUGCUAUUAUUAUAAAGAGAAUUUAUGAAAAAGCUGUUAUUAUAAUGUGAAUCAAUGAAAAUGUUGUUAUGAUAAAGAGAAUUCAUAAAAAUGUUGUUAUUAAAAAGAUAAUUAAUGAAAAUGCUGUUAUUUUAAAGAGAAUUAAUGAAAAUGCUGUUACUCUGUAUUAUAAAGUUCUAUUUCAGGAUAAAUAGUUCAAUUUGUUUGCAAAUAAAACCCAUUAUGAUUUGUUUUUUCAUUUUAACCGGGCACUGGUAUUUACUGAUACCAGUAACUGGGAUUUUAAGGAUAAAUACAAAGGUGUUGUUGAAACUUAAUUAAUGAUUUUCAGUAUUCUAUUUUGUUUCUUUUUAUUUCUUUGAGUUUUUUUGUUUUUGUUUUUUUUUCAAACUUACUGAAAAGAUUUAUUCAUUUGUAAUUGUUGAGCAUGCUAUAGAAAACAGAGAACAUUGUACAUGUAUACAUGUAUGUUAAUUGACAACUAGAGCUACAUCUAUCUGUUUUAUAUUUUGUGUAAUUUUUUAAUUUGUAAAUAAAUAUGUCUACUAAUUGCCACACACCA